AGUUCCUGAGGUGAUACCUGCAGCCCUGACCCGCUCCCUGCACUUGUCAGCAGUCAUCUGCUUUCCGGAGGCAGCUUGGUACUAAAUAUCCUGUCUGACACAAUAAUGGAGAGAAAAUGAACAAAUUCCAUUAGCGGCUGGCGAUCCCUGCAGGGUCUGCGUUGGAGCGAGGAGGGAGCCUGUAUUUUUAGAUAGAAUGCAAUGUAACUUACUGGCUCUCUCAAAGCUGGGGAGUAGAUAACCAAGGAGGGAGAGAGGGGACACCAGGCUCAGGUUUCAGCUGAAGUGCCGGACUAUGGCAGCACGAAAGGGCAGGUCCGGUCCAGACGUGGCUGCCGAUACUGCAACUGGUUUCCUGAGAGCUGCAAGAUCCGGGAAUCUGGAGAAAGCCUUGGAUUACCUCAGGAAUGGGGUAGAUAUUAACACCUGUAACCAGAACGGGCUGAACGCCUUGCACCUGGCCUCCAAGGAGGGCCAUGUGAAAAUGGUGGUGGAGCUGCUGCACAAGGAGAUCGUCUUGGAGACAACAACCAAGAAAGGAAACACAGCCCUGCACAUUGCUGCCCUGGCUGGACAACGGGACGUGGUGCGGGAACUGGUGAACUAUGGGGCCAACGUCAAUGCGCAGUCACAGAAAGGAUUCACGCCCCUCUACAUGGCAGCGCAGGAAAACCACCUGGAAGUUGUCAAGUUCUUGCUGGAAAAUGGAGCUAACCAGAACGUAGCCACAGAGGAUGGCUUCACACCACUAGCUGUGGCUCUGCAGCAAGGGCAUGAGAAUGUGGUUGCUCACCUUAUCAACUAUGGAACAAAGGGAAAGGUCCGCCUGCCCGCCCUGCACAUUGCAGCCCGCAACGAUGACACUCGCACAGCUGCCGUGCUGCUGCAGAAUGACCCCAAUGCUGAUGUCCUCUCAAAGACUGGAUUUACACCCUUGCACAUUGCAGCCCACUACGAGAACCUCAGUGUGGCCCAAUUACUGCUGAACCGUGGAGCCAGUGUCAACUUCACACCCCAGAAUGGGAUCACUCCCCUGCACAUAGCCUCCCGCCGGGGCAACAUCAUCAUGGUACGCCUGUUGCUGGACCGCGGGGCUCAGAUAGAGACAAGGACCAAGGAUGAGCUGACCCCUCUCCACUGUGCAGCUCGCAAUGGACAUGUGCGAAUUGCAGAGAUCCUGCUGGACCAUGGGGCACCUAUUCAAGCCAAAACCAAGAAUGGCUUGUCGCCGAUCCACAUGGCAGCGCAGGGUGACCACCUGGACUGUGUGCGCCUGCUCCUGCAGUACAGUGCUGAGAUCGAUGACAUCACGCUGGACCACCUAACACCGCUGCAUGUGGCCGCGCACUGCGGGCACCACCGAGUGGCCAAACUGCUGGUGGAGAAGGGGGCCAAGCCCAACUCCCGAGCCCUGAAUGGCUUCACACCCCUCCAUAUCGCCUGCAAGAAGAACCACAUCCGGGUGAUGGAGCUGCUGCUGAAGACAGGUGCCUCCAUCGAUGCCGUCACGGAGUCUGGCCUGACCCCCCUGCACGUGGCCGCCUUCAUGGGGCACCUGCCCAUUGUCAAGACCCUGCUGCAGCGUGGAGCCUCUCCUAAUGUGUCCAAUGUGAAAGUGGAGACACCCCUACAUAUGGCAGCCAGAGCUGGGCACACGGAUGUGGCAAAGUACCUGCUGCAGAACAAAGCCAAAGCCAAUGCCAAGGCAAAGGAUGACCAGACUCCUCUGCACUGUGCUGCACGCAUUGGCCACACUGGCAUGGUCAAACUCCUGCUGGAGAGCAAUGCUGAGCCCAACCUGGCCACAACAGCAGGGCACACGCCCUUGCACAUCACUGCCAAAGAGGGGCAUGUGGACACAGCCCUGGCCCUGCUGGAGAAGGGGGCGUCACAGACCUGCAUGACCAAGAAAGGAUUUACCCCGCUCCAUGUGGCAGCCAAGUACGGGAAGGUGGAUGUGGCAGAGCUGCUGCUGGCACAUGAUGCUCAUCCCAAUGCAGCAGGGAAGAACGGCCUGACCCCACUGCACGUGGCUGUGCACCACAACAACCUGGAGAUCGUCAAGCUGCUGCUUCCCAAGGGGAGCUCCCCGCACAGCUCAGCCUGGAAUGGGUACACCCCCCUGCACAUUGCUGCCAAGCAGAACCAGAUGGAGGUGGCCAGCAGCUUGCUGCAGUACGGGGCUUCUGCAAACGCGGAGUCUGUACAGGGAGUCACCCCCCUACACCUGGCUUCCCAGGAGGGGCAUGCGGACAUGGUGGCACUGCUUUUCUCCAAACAAGCCAACGGUGACCUAGGCAACAAGAGUGGCCUGACUCCUCUCCAUCUUGUGGCGCAAGAGGGCCAUGUGCUGGUUGCUGAUGUUCUAGUGAAACACGGAGUCACAGUGGAUACAACAACCAGGAUGGGCUAUACUCCGCUGCAUGUGGCCAGCCACUAUGGGAACAUCAAGCUGGUGAAGUUUUUGCUGCAGCACCAGGCUGAUGUCAACGCCAAGACUAAGCUGGGCUACACCCCUCUGCACCAAGCAGCGCAGCAGGGCCACACGGACGUUGUGACACUGCUGCUGAAGCAUGGUGCCUCUCCCAAUGAGAUCAGCAUGAAUGGCACCACUCCCCUGGCCAUUGCAAAGAGGCUUGGCUACAUUUCUGUCACAGACGUGCUCAAGAUCGUCACAGAGGAAACUGAUGUCCUGUCAAUUGGUGACAAGCACCGCAUGAGCUUCCCAGAGACUGUAGACGAAAUUCUGGACGUGUCAGAGGAUGAAGGCACUGCUCAUGUCACAGUAAUGGCACAGGCUUUGGCCCUGCCAGCCGACCCCAUCUGGCAGAGGGCAAAGCUGCCCCAUGGCUGGCCGAGCCCCAGGAGGCAAGUGUGUGUGGCCAACAGUGGGAGCAGAGAGGAGGAGCUGACCACACCAAAGCCCAGGACAGCUGAUGCCAGGGACCAGGAGGGCAAGAAGGAGAUGCUGGAGUUUGUGACCAUGACGACACUGGAGCAAACGGUGGAGUCUCCAGCUGUCCUGCAGGUCCCCUGCAUCCCACCUGAGACUGUGGUGACCAGAGCAGAGGAGACUGAGCAGGUAGGACCUGUGGAGACAGAAGCUGAGCAAGUCAGUCUGCUGCAUGCACCCUCGGUGUCCCCGCAGGAGCCCUCCAAGGAGUUUGAUGAGGACUCCCUGAUCCCCAGCAGCCCUGCCACUGAGACCUCAGAUAACAUCAGCCCAGUGGCCAGCCCCGUGCACACAGGGUUCCUGGUGAGCUUCAUGGUGGAUGCCCGUGGUGGCUCCAUGCGGGGCAGCCGGCACCAUGGACUGCGUGUGGUCAUCCCACCCCGUGCCUGUGCAGCACCGACCCGCAUCACCUGCCGCCUUGUGAAGCCCCAAAAGCUGCCUGCACCCCCAUCGCUGGCUGAGGAGGAGGGUCUGGCCAGCCGGAUCAUUGCCCUGGGGCCCACCGGUGCCCAGUUCCUCAGCCCUGUCAUUGUGGAGAUCCCACACUUUGCCUCGUAUGGGCGUGGAGACCGUGAGCUGGUGGUGUUGCGCAGUGAGAAUGGCUCUGUUUGGAAGGAGCACCGCAACCGCUAUGAGGAGAGCUACAUGGACCAGCUGCUCAACGGCAUGGAUGAGGAGCUGGAGACCCUGGAGGAGCUGGAGAAGAAGAGGGUCUGCCGCAUCAUCACCACCGACUUUCCUCUCUACUUCGUGGUCAUGUCCCGGAUUUGCCAGGACUGCGAUACGAUCAGCCCUGAGGGAGGGUGUUUAAAAAGCACACUGGUGCCCAUGGUACAGGCCACCUUCCCGGACACUGCUGUCACCAAGGGAGUGAGGUUGGCCCUGCAGGCACAGCCCGUGCCCGAUGAGCUGGUGACUAAGCUGCUGGGGAACCAGGCAACCUUCAGCCCCAUCGUCACAGUGGAGCCACGCCGAAGGAAGUUCCACCGCCCCAUCGGCCUCCGCAUCCCACUGCCACCAUCCUGGAAGGACAAUCCCCGAGACAGCGGUGAGGGUGACACCACCAGCCUGCGCCUGCUCUGCAGUGUCAUUGGAGGGACAGCCCAAGCCCAGUGGGAAGACAUAACAGGCACCACAAAGCUGGUCUACGAAAAUGAGUGUGCUAACUUUACCACCAAUGUGUCUGCCAGGUUCUGGCUGGCUGACUGCCCACGCACAGCCGAGGCCGUGCACUUUGCCACAGUGCUGUACAAGGAGCUGACGGCUGUGCCCUACAUGGCCAAAUUCGUGGUGUUUGCCAAGAUGAAUGAUGCACGGGAAGGCCGGCUACGCUGCUACUGCAUGACUGACGACAAGGUUGACAAGACUUUAGAGCAGCAUGAAAACUUCACUGAGGUGGCUCGCAGCAGGGACAUUGAGGUGGUAGAGGGGAUGCCUUUGCACGUUGAGCUCUCAGGGAACCUGGUGCCAGUCAAGAAGGCCACUCAGCCCCGCACCUUCCUCUUCCAGUCCUUCCGCGAGAAUCGUCUCGCCAUCCCCAUCAAGGUUCGGGACAGCAGCCGGGAAGCCAGUGGAUCCCUGUCUUUCUUGCGCAAGGCCAUGAAAUAUGAGGACCUCCAGCAUGUGCUCUGCCACCUGAACAUCAGCAUACCACCCUGCACCAAGGCAAGUGGCAGCGAGGAGCGGAGGAGGACACUGACGCCGUUGUCUCUGCGGGAGCGAUACAGCAUCCUAAGUGAGACCAGUUUCGGCUCUCUGAGCAGCACGGACAAGGCAGACCAGAAGAUGGUUGACAUAGCAGAACAGCUGGGCCUAAGCUGGGCUGAGCUGGCACGUGAGCUGCAGUUUGGGGUGGAAGACAUCAACAGGAUACGUGCAGAAAAUCCCAACUCCCUGCUGGAGCAGAGCAUAGCUUUACUCAACCUCUGGGUCAGCCGCGAGGGCAAGGGUGUCAAGAUUGAGAAUCUGUACACGGCGCUGAGGAACAUCGACCGCAGCGAGAUUGUCAACACGCUGGAGGGCUCCGGCCGGCAGAGCCGCAGCCUGAAGGGCAGCUGGCGCUACACGGACAGAGACUACUCCCUCUCACCGUCCCAGAUGAAUGGUUACGCUUCGCUGCAGGACGAGCUGCUGUCCCCCGCCUCCCUGCAUUACAUGCUGCCAUCCCCGCUGCGUGCUGACCAGUACUGGAAUGAGGUGGCCAUCAUGGAUGCUAUCCCCAUGGCUGCCACAGAACAGGAUGCCCUGAUGGAGAUGUCCGACAUGCAGGUGUGGUCUUCGGGGCUCACCCCCUCACUGGUGACUGCUGAGGACUCCUCUCUGGAGUGCAGCAAGGCCGAGGACUCGGAUGCCACAAGCGAAGGCCGGUUCCCGGGGCAGCUUCUAGCAGACACACAUGGCCCAGACCACAUGGGCUCUAUGGACCUGGUUGAGGAUGACACAGUGGACUCAGAUGCCAUGAAUGGCCUGAUUGACCUUCUAGAGCAGGAGGAGGGGCAGAGGCCAGAGGGGAAGAUGCCAGCCGGUGAUCACCAGCCAGGGACCAGGGAGCAGGACCCAGAGAGUGAAGUCUCUUUUGUUUCAGUUCAACAGAAGGUGCAAGCCAGGAUCACAGCAUCACCUACCAUUAGCCACGUCGUGGAGAAGAGCACUGACAGGCUGAGGGACUGGAAUGCAGAAGGCUCCUUUAUCUCCUGCCUACAGGACCUGACAGAGGGCUCCUGGCAGGAGGGGGUCACCCGAAGGCUGCUCCUGACGCACACCACAGCCUCCGGGGCACAGGGCCAGGAGCAAGAGCAGGUCCUGGCGCCGGCCAUGGAGCUGAUGCAGGUCAGCUCCGCAGAGGACAGCGACUGGCAGCCCCAGAACCCCACGGGCGGCUGGCAAGAUGAGGCAGACAGCCACUUCUUUGGGCAGGGGAACGAAGUCCUUCAUCUCCCUGGAGAGCAGGUGACUGAAGAGCAGUUCACAGAUGAUCAAGGCAAUAUUAUCACCAAGAAGGUCAUUCGGAAGGUGGUGCGUCAGCUGGGGCCUGGUGACACGGAUGACAGGCAGGAACAGGAAGAGCUGAUUCUGGAGGGCUCCCUGCAGGAGCCCCAAGACCUGGAGGCUGAGGAUGAUCACUUCAUGAAAUACUCCAUUCUGCACCGGGACAGUCUGGGGGCCAAGGAUCUCACCUCAGCACCAAACCACUGAACUCCAAGCACGUUCUGACACAUAACCGGAGAAGAGAGGAGAGCAGAGAGUGAAGGGGAGCAGGGCUGGCUGUACAUGUUUCUAUAGGCUAAUGGCAUGAUUUCUGUAUGAGACAUACUUACCAUCCUAUCCGCAUGACUGACUGACUGCAAGACGCAUGAGCUACAGUACUUAAAACUGAUGGAGGGGCCUCUGUCCCUGCCCCACUGCUGCCAGGAGCCCAGAGACAGCAGCUCGCACCAGGGACAUCCUCUCAGUUCCUCUGGAAGGCAAGAGCUGGACUGGCAGAAAACAAGAGGGAAAGAGACGCCACCCUCAUGCGUUCACGUGUGUAAAUGCAUCCCCAUGCCGUGCUCCAGCUGCAAGAGGGAAGCUGAGGCAGCACAGCGCUACCCGCCACGGAAGGAGAGGGGGCUUGGACCCCCAUCACCCGUGCUGCCUCUGCUGGACUCGCUUCUCGUCCCUCUCAGUGAGUGUUGGGUUAUGGGGAGGGCAGCCGUUGCCAGGGGGUGUGUGAGAGGAGGGCUGCAGGGAGCACAGCUGCCCUGGGCAGAGGGGCUGGUGCAGGGCUGCCCUUCCUCUCCCCAGCACGUGCAACGUCUCCUGCCAGGGCAGGGCUCUGGGCUGAGCACUGAGCUCGUUGCUUGUGUUGAAAGUGUAAACUGUACAGCAAUCAGCCUUGUGUAUAUGAACCAAUAAAUACUAUGCAAACCCCUAGGGACACUCUAGCAGUAUGUACAAAGCAGUAACAGCUCUGCUCCCAAAUACCUCUUCAGGCUGCAGGACGGGCAAAACCUCUGGAGUACGUGAGGGGCUCUGGUGAAUGGAGCUGGGAGGCUGUAGGACUAAAAAGGGCAUCAGGCUGCCCUGUGCCCCUCUGGCUGAGCCUGGUCUCCCUUCCUGGCCUGAAGCGAGGGGCCCACAGGUGCAGUCCCAUGGGCCUGUCCGUGGUGCAAGCCCCAGUUUGUGUUGCCUCCAGCUGGGGUUAAGCUGUAGAUCUGCAAUGAGGUGCUUGGGGCCCAGGGAGGAUGGGUAGUGAGACAGAGUAGGGGAUGCUUGUGCCACACACGGGGUUGUGCCUAGCUCUACUCAGCACAAUAUCUGCUCAGGACAUGAGCCAGGAGCUGGCAGGAGCCAGCAGCCCUGCACUACGCACCCCAUGCAAGGGCUUCGCAGGGUCCCCUGGCCUCCCUGCAAGGGCACAAGAGUGAGGAUAGUCCAGUGACACCAUGGAUGCUGACCAUCCCAGGACUAAUCCCUGAGAUGUGAGGAGCUGCUCCCCUGGUGGCUGCACUUUGGCCAGGUGAAAUGUCCUGCUGCAGCAGCCUGGACCAAGCAGUCUCCCUGGGAGCUAGGGCAGCCCCAGGGCCAGCUGCUCUAGCAGGAAAGCAGUGAUGGGCAGAACCGUCCAGGCAACUCUGAGGUGUGCAGUCGGUUGAAUCUGCUACAGUACUUGACCCCAGGAGAGCAGGAUGCAGGUAGUGGCAGCAGGUCCCAUGUCCCUGACUCUGUCCUUUACUUAAUCAGUGUGGGGGCCUGGCCUUUGUAGCACAGUGGUGUGGGCAUCCCCUGCUCUUUCCCCUGGAGGUGGCCAUGGACAUGUUUCACGGGGUGCAAGUUUGCUCUCAGUGGCCAGAUGCAGAAUGAACCCACCUUCAGCUUCAGGCCAUGCAAUGGUGACCCUGGUAGGGCAGCCCUGUCUUGCCACGGGCGUGCAUCUGCUGGGAAAGCCCCUGGCUCCUCUGCAGUCAGGAGGAAGCCUAGCUGCAGCAAAGCAAAUGACCCAGCUUAGCCCUGGAGAGCAAAGCACCCCCUUCCCCACCCCAAAGUUGAGCCAUAUAGACAGACUCUCCAUCCAUCACCCUUGCUGUGUACAAUAACGUCCCUAGACCCACUGCGACAGCUGACUCCGUAGCACCACCGUAGAGUUGUGUGUGGGUCCUGUGCUUUGGCCUUGUAUCCGCCUUAGGGAAUGUGCUGUGCUGCAACCGUGCCAGGCACCUGCAGUGACAUUGCUUUGCGCCCGGAUUGCUUGUAGGGCUGGUAGGGGGAGGCUGCACCCGACCUUGAGUCUAGAGAAUGCUGCAGUCUGCACACUAGAAGCUUUUUAGAAGUUUUAAAAAUUACUUUUAUUUCCUUUUUUUAAUUGUUAUGGAAACAAGCCUUUUGGAUUUCCCUGUCUUAGCCCUGAUGUAUAGAUCAUUUCCCUGUACACCAGCUAUCAGACUAUGAAUUAAUAAAGAAACCAACACAAA